AUGGGGUCUCUUAUGAACCAUUUCACCAAUUCCGCGCUGGCAUGGGACGUUAAGGCCCUAACAAGCCAGGUUGCCGUUCCUCCGUUGUUCUCCUCCUCGUCAUCUUCUCCCUCUCACCGUCUUUCAAUGUGUCUCCGACAACGCCUGUUUUUCAAUAAGGAGGAUAAGGCGUUUCCGUUGCUCGUGGAUGACGUGUCUGGAGCUAAAGCGGAGUUGACUAAGCUGGGCGUGACUGUAGCGAUGGUGGAUGGAAUUGCGGCGGGCGAAAGCGUUCGCGAAGAGUUCAAGGCGUAUGGCGACAUGCCGAAUUUCGUGCUCGUCAGGGACGGAGUUUUCAGACCCAUCAGAGGCUACCCCGAGAGUGACGAGCUCAUCACCUUUGUGAAGAAGCGCCUGGGCCUGUCAGUGACGCAUCUCUCCGCCUCGGAAAAGCACACAAGGCACACUCUCUGCUCGCUGCUUCUAACGCCAUCGCCCUCGCCCUCUUGCACUCCCUCAAGCCGGCGGCAGGGCGAGCAUGAAGAAGGCCCAAGGAGCCGUGGUGUUCCGAACAGACGAUCCGCUAGCUGGCCGCGACUACCGCCCCGCCAUGCCCGGAGACAACCCCGACUUCUGGGAAGGCUCCCAGUGGGACCUGCUGGGGUGCAUUGCGGAGUACCUGUGGGUGUUCGGCAUCGUGCUGGCU